ACUAACAGUAAAGUUGAUAUAUUGUAUAUUUAUUGUUUGACUAUUUUACAAAUUAAACUUAAAAACAAUAUAUAUAUAUAUAUACAUAUGUGUAUACAUAUGUGUAUGUAUAUAUACACAUGCACAUUUGACUAAAUUACAGUGCCAGUCUUUUCAAGCUGAUAUUAUAUUACUUCCAAAUAUUCUGAAAUGCUGGCUCAACACUUUUGCCAACAGCAAUUCAGUUAAAAGUACUGUUAUACCAAAGUUGGUCUCAUUUAUCUGCUGUCAGUUUCUAUUGUGGCGGUGUCUUGACCUAUCGAAAUCGCGGCGUAUUUUGGCAGUGUAAUAUGAAGUUGUUGACGAUAAUCACACUGUUCGUGCCCCUCAUUAGUGCCGAUAUAUUCCCGUUAUCCAUAAUUCACAUCAAUGACUUUCACGCAAGAUUCGAGCCUACAGACACAUCAGGCGGUACUUGUGAUGCGGGCAAUGAAUGCAUCGGGGGCUUAGCGCGAACUGUCUACACUGUAAAGCGAUUAUUGGAAGAACAAAAGGACCAAAAUCCGGUUUACUUCAAUGCAGGCGACAGUUUUCAGGGCACACUGUGGUACAAUAUCGGACGAUGGAACGUGACAAGCCAAUUUCUGAAUAUGCUGCCCGCAGAUGCUAUGACACUCGGCAAUCAUGAGUUCGAUCAUGGCAUUGAGGGCGUUGUGCCAUUUCUGGAGAGCAUCAAUUCACCUAUGUUGGUAGCAAAUAUGGACGCAAGAGAUGAACCGGAUAUGCAGGGCAAAUACCAAAAAUCGAUAAUAAUCGAACGUAGUAACAGGAAAAUCGGUGUCAUCGGUGUUAUUCUCGAAACCACCUAUGACUUAGCCAAUACUGGUAAUUUGAUCUUCCAAAAUGAAAGCGCUGCUAUACGUGAGGAAGCGCAAAAGCUGAAAGCACAGGGUGCUAAUAUAAUUAUUGCCAUUACGCAUUGCGGCUAUAAUGUCGAUAAAUUAAUUGCACAGCAUGCCGCUGAUGAUGUCGAUGUUAUAGUUGGCUCCCACUCGCAUACUUUCCUAUAUACGGGCGAUAAAUUACCCGGUCCAGACACUCCAUAUGGUCCGUAUCCCACCGAAGUUGUGCACGAAAAUGGUCAUCGCAUUCUGAUCGUUCAAGCUGCUGCUUAUGCCAAAUAUGUUGGUAAUAUAACAGUAUACUUUGAUGAUGAAGGCAACGUGGUCGAUUACUCGGGUGCACCGAUUUACAUGGGAUCCAGUGUACCACAGGACCCAGAAACUUUGGCUGCAAUUAUACCCGUUAAAGAAGAGGUGGAUAAGGUGGGGGCAAUUAUUCAGGGUGAGACUAAAGUGGAGUUGAGAAAGUCAACAUGUAGCAGUGAUGAGUGCAAUUUGGGAAACUUCUUUUGUGAUGCUAUGAUACACGCAUUCACUGGCUUAACACCGUACUCGGAAGGAUUGUGGUCUAACGUAUCAAUUGGAAUUGUAAAUACGGGUGCGCUGCGUGUACCCCUGAACAAAGGAAAUAUUACUUAUUCUCACAUAGUGACGAUGUCACCGUUUGAAAACAAACUCACUGCAUUCAACAUACCUGGUCAUAAACUAUUAGAAGCAUUGGAAUACAGUGUUAGCCCCAUUGAUUUGGAUAACGGAGUUAGCAGCUCCUACAGGUUUAUUCAAGUAUCUGGUCUUAAGAUAACCUACAAUUAUUCAAACCCAGUCGGAAAAAGAGUGGUCGAUAUUAAAGUUCGUUGUUCCGAGUGUGACAUACCUGUUUACGAGGAUUUCGAUUCAACGAAAAUUUAUCGUGUGGUCGCACCAGAUUUUCUAGCCGAAGGAGGGGAUGGUUUCGCAAUGCUAAGAGAUUAUGGUUACGAUUUUCAGAAAGAUAUGUCCGAUUUGGAUGCGCUGCUUUCAUACACAACUCAAGUAACUCCAAUUUAUGUCGGAAAGGAAAGGCGCAUUACUGUAUUACGGAAUUAAUGUAUUUACCAAUAAUAUCAUAUAUAAAAUGCCAAAGCCUUACUGUUGAUGGAAAAAAUUUGAUUUUGAAUAUGAUAUAGUAACAAACAUACAAUAUAAAUAUAAUAUUAAUAAUUAAAAUAUAUUUUGUUAAUUUGUGCUGUACUUUUAAUCAUAACCAAUACUAAUAAAUGUUAUAGUAUGCAUAAAAUUAUACACCCAAACAAUACUUAAAAUAAAUUUAAACUUCUUAACUUAAUAAAACUAAAA